AUGCUAGCGGACAUAGAUGUAUUAUAUUACCAGGAAAAACAGAAGUCCGACAGCAUUCGACCUAAAAUAUUUGAAUACAUAGACCAUCCUACCGAUGGCAAAGAUAUUGAAAACAUGGACCACGAAGAGACGCCACUGCUACUGGCCGCAGCCAGGGGAAUACUAGAAGUGGUUGAAAGGAUCGUGGAAGCCCACCCAGAGGCUGUGGACUACGUGACGACACAAGACAGAAACAUUCUACAUGUCAUCAUUGCACACCGACAGCUCAAGAUCUUUGAAUGGUUUAAAACUAGAGAACUUCUCGUGCACAGACUGGCCAAGAGGAUCGACGUGUUGGGCUACACAAUACUGCACCAUGUUGGAAUCACUCAAUUCCUCCAUGAAUCCACCCAUGGUCCAGCAAUACAGCUUCAACAUGAGCUCGAGUGGUUCGAUCGCAUCCGCAAAGUGCUUCCGUUCAAUAAAACUCACAAGGAUUUGCUAGAUAAAGGCAAAGAAUGGGUCAAGAAAACCUCCGAGUCUUGCUCUGCCGUUGCUGUCCUCAUGGCCUCGGUCACCUUCGCCGCUGCCUUCACUGUCCCUGGUGGACUCAACUCCAAAACUGGCUCUCCGGUUCUCCUCUCUAACCCUACCUACAUGUUGUUCACCGGCUUGGACAUCACCUCCCUCAUCUCAUCGCUCUCCUCCUUGAUUCUGUUUCUCUUGAUCUUGACCUCGCCUUUUGAGUUGGAUGCUUUUCGACAACAAUUACCAAUUCAAUUGUCCUUCGGAUUCAAUCUGUUGUUCUUGUCGGUGGCGAGCACCAUGAUUGCAUUCGCUAUGGCCGUCGUCCUCACAAUGAAAUCGACCAAUAUGGUAUGGGUGGAGUGGGUUUUGUAUUUGGUCACACUUGUUCCAAUAAUCAUUUUUAUGGUAAUGAAGUUGCAGCUGUUGCUGGAGCUGGAGAGAAAUGUUCAAAAGAGUCUACAAUUUCUUUGGAAGUUGCUUCCCAGGGGUUUCCUUGCCAUAUUUUUUGAGAUUCCUUCCAAAUUUUUAAGCAACAAAUCUACCUAAUCUUCAUGCCUGGAUUUGGGAGCGGAUAUAACCGCGGUUGGAUACGUCAUAAACCACUUCCUUUUCUUACCUUAAUUAUCUAUGAAGUUUGUCGCACAUAAUGUUCAAAA